AUGAACUCAAGCCAAUAUUGUGUCCAUGGCAUCAUUGCAAUUGUUUGUUGCCACAAUGUGCUGCUGCACUUGACAAAUUUGGUAGACACAGGAGAGAAACAUUUCUAUACUGUUGCCUUGGUGCAAAAGGUCAUGGAUCAGCUUCACACUGCAGCAACUGUUGGCAUCUUGUAUGACAUUGCUUGCCAGCUACACAGAUCUGUAAGGAAGGUGUGUACCAACUCCAUACCAAAGAACAAUACUCACAGCAUCACAGCACAGGCUGAUGCCAGAGCUUGA